UUUGCUCCAAACUAUAUGUUCAUUUUUGACUUCACUUUUAGGGCAGGGGUUAUAUCCUCUAUCCCAGCUGGAAGAACCCUCACCUUCACCUGGGAUAAAGGGGUGGAGGGCCGCUAUGUUAAUGUUUUUUUGCCUGGAAACAACAAGAAUUUGACACUUUGUGAGGUGGAGGUGUAUGGCUAUCCAGCACCAAAUGGUGAGAAUGUGGCUUUAAGAGGGAAAGCAACUCAGUCAGACCUUCAUAGCAAUGGAUUUGCAUACAAUGCCAUUGAUGGGAAUCGUGACGGAAUAUGGGGCCAUGGUUCCUGUACUCACACAAAAGCUCAUGUCAACCCUUGGUGGAGAGUGGAUUUGCUCCAAAAAUAUAAAGUCUUCUCUGUGAUAAUUACCAACUCGGUGGAUGCUGGUCCCACUAGACUUCGUGGAGCUGAAAUCAGAAUUGGAAAUUCUUUGAACAACAAUGGCAUCAACAACCCCAGGUGUGCCGUAAUCUCCUCUAUUCCUGCUGGGUUUUCCGAGACCUUUGAGUGUUAUGGGAUGGAGGGACGCUAUGUUACCGUGGUGAUUCCUGGACGUGCAGACUAUCUUAUACUCUGUGAAGUGGAGGUAUAUGGAUCACCGCUGGACUAAAGCCUAGGGAAACAGCGCAUAGGAUGGAUAUC